UUAAUUGACGCUUGCCUUACGAGAGCAAUGACGAAACUUGGCUGUGGCAGUGUGAAAGAAGAUCGGAAUCGUUUUCGCUUUGUGUCUAAUACUAUCAUCGAUAUCAUGAAUCGGCACCUUGGUUGCCUGUCCCGACUCGCCCUGGCUGCUGCUGCGACCACUGCUGUGGCGUUGCUUUCGGUCCUCCUCAUCAGCGGCGGACGACCGGUCGACAGCGGCUCGUUUUUCUCACUCUCUCUCGCGCAAUUCCCCGGUCCUUCGGAAGCAGGACGGAGGUGUCGCCACCUGCUUCGAGGGGGUCUGAGGGUACUUGACCUACCCAGCCCUUGUGUUGAUUUGACCAUUCUCAGCGGGUCUCCUUUCCUUGCCCCCUGCAAUGCCAUUAUCAGCUAUGAGAUGAAAGCCCCGUUCGUCAAAGGAUCCGACGAGACGGGUAUGGAGUGCAAGGCAAUGGUGCGCAACAUCUUGUUCGAUCUAACAGCCUCUAAGCUCUUCUACAUCCUGGACCAGAUCUGCUCGACGGAGGGACAGAUGACGAAGCCAAUUAGACGCCUUUUGUCGUUUUACGCAUCUGUCUUGGGCACGCAAGUUGUGGACGAGGGUAGGCUGAUAAGCACCUGGUGGGCGGGGUCGGACGGGACAGGACCGCAGGUUCUGAGCGCCACGUGCCAAGACCAUAAGUGCACUUUGUACAUGGAUCUCGCCAGUGGGAUGGCUCUCUCGAAGUCCGGAUCUCAGCUGAUCGUGUCGGGAUACCAUUCUGCAACUCCGCCGGGAUCUUGGCUUACCACCGUCAAUACCGAGACCGGGGAGAGGAGUUAUGUCCCGGUGCAGCUUGAUUUCGCCACCGGGAUCGCUCUCGACCCCGACAUGACCACUCUGUUCGUCGCCACUGGGUUGGUCCCUCCUCCUCGGAUCUUGUCGUCUCCCGUUACCUUCGAUAAGAAUGGCGAUCUUCCCUCCCAGGGACUCUCCACUCCCUCCCCUCUCUUCAUGUUCGAUCAGUUCCAGGAGUGGGAAACGUCAUCCAUUUACUUUGGACCUCACAGUUUUUCCAGCGAUGGCAGGUGCUUGUGCUUCGUCGAUCGCAAGCCCGGCGGUAGCGUCUGGGCACUCAAUCGCUCCUCGAAUGCGGUCAAUCUUGUCGCGGGUAGCGGAUUAACCCCCCAGGACUUUCCGCUAAUAGCAUCUCCGAGUAACAUUAGCAGUGGAAACAGCAGUAGCAGUAUUAGCAAGAUAGUGAUGUCCGAUGCUUUGAACGUGUCUUUCGGACAGUUGUACGACCUUGCGGUGACGGAGAAUGGUCUAAACAUCUUCGUCUCGGAGAUCGACACAGGUCUUGUGCGGUGGAUUGAGCUCGGCACUCCCUGUGGAUUCGGGCGGAGAGCCACCAAUGUCAUCCGCUACCUUCCCCGUCCCGGCUCGGCCGUGUACGGACUGGCCAUAGGAACGUACGGCAAAGAGCUCGUCUUGCUCCUUGGUACGGACGACGGACACGUGUUCCAGCUCAGCAUCAACAGGUCAGCACUGGAUCCCAGCAAUAACCCUUACGCUUACGAACUCCCAGGCAGCUCUUCAGCACCAGAUCCCGACAGAUCUCAUGCCUACCCCUCCCUCUCUUCUCCCCUCGCCAGGCCUGGCUUUUCGGACAAGGAUGAAGGGCCGAGAAUUGGUCUCGUUGUCAGUCUAGUUGUCGGUAUCUCCCUCCUUUCUUUGCUUCUGUUUUUCGGGAUCGGGGCGACAGUCUGUCAAGGCCGGCUUCGUCUUCAGAAGUGCUGCCAUAAUGGAGACUCGCCAGUAGCUUAUUACGCAAUCCACGGGGUCCGAGAGUUCGAUUGGAAGACCUUAAGGGCAGCGACAAGCAACUUCGACCCUUCUCGACGGAUUGGAAUGGGCGGUGGCGGCAUCGUCUACUGGGGAUUACUGGUGGACAGGGAUCCACCAAGUCAAAGCCAGAUCGUUGUGAAGGUCAUGGACGACUCGCAGACAAAGGACAAGGAAGAGCAAUUCCUAGCAGAGGUGCAAAUGCUCAGCCGGAUUGCGAAGGCGCUUCGUUACCUUCAUUUCGGUGYUAACCCACCACUUAUCCAUCGUGAUGUAAAGAGCCGAAACGUGUUGUUGGGAGAGGGAGGUGGUACGGAGCUGAAGGCAUUCUUAGCUGAUUUCGGUCUCGCUAAAGUUAUGGAGGACAGGCAUCGAUCAAGAAGCCACGCUGCAGUCCCGCAAGCAACCCAUCCCGGGACGCGGGGCUACGUUGCUCCCGARUACGCCAAAGGAGGGAAGCUGACGAGGGAGAUAGACGUGUACUCUUUUGGAGUUGUCCUCUUGGAACUGCUUACUGGCAGAAGCGUGUUAAUUCGUGGUGAGGGGAACAAGAACGUAACCCUAGUUGAGCAGAUGCGCAACCACCUAGCUGACGUAGAUGCCGUCGAUCUGAAGGACGUUGUGGAUCCUUCCAUUAGAGGGGAAAUGGAUGAUGUUGUAAUGAGGGAAAUCACAAGAGAGAUGUUCGCUGUGGUUGCUGAUUGUGUUAAUCUUGAUGACAAGUUGCGGUCGAGCAGCAAGGAGGUAGCUUCCAAGAUGGAGGAGAUUUUUAAGACGGCCGAAGCGUUCCUCGAGGAUCGCUUCGGAACUCGAUAUGACGUGACUGACACCUUCGAGCGUGUCGUCACUGCACGCUGGUCCGGCUCUGGUGGCACUGCCGGCGUGGAUCGCCACAUCCAGGUCUUUCAGGAUGCCCGCCUCGUUUGUGACGUGGCGUUCCUUCCCGAGGCUGCCCUUAUCGAUCGUUUCCUGGUCAACCUCCCGCUCGAGUACCGCUCCGAGCUAUGGAGACAUGGCUUCUAYGCCAAGCUGAGCAAGUGCCGCUUUGCCCAGCACAAAGUGGAUUUCUUAGGGCACUACGUGUCUAACCAGGGUCUCCACAUGAAUGACGCGAAGAUCACUGCUAUUGCGGAGUGGCCCGCCCCCACAUCCGCCAAGCAGCUUCGCAGCUUCCUAGGCUUGACCAGCUACUACAGUAACUUCAUCCGGGGAUACGCUAGGUAUUCCUACGUCCUUACCUCCACCCUCCUCCGGAAGAACCCACCCUGGGCUUGGACACCCCUCCACGAGGACGCCUUCCGCGCCCUCAAGAAGGCGGUGACAUGCGCACCGGUUCUUCACCUACCCAAUUUUGACCACCCUUUUAUCCUUACCACCGAUGCGUCAGACUUCGCUGUAGGAGCAGUGCUUUCUCAUGUUUUCCCCUCCUCUCCUGAUUCCACUCAACCCCGUAUUCCUUGCUUCCUACCACCUACCCCUACCAUUGCUUCCCGACUGACGCCUACUCGUCCAGCUACUGACGAGCCUUCUAUUGACUAUUCUCCUACCAUCGUCGAGGACGACACUGUCGAGUCUCGCUCAGGUCAUAGUCCGAUAGCCUUCUACUCCCGUCAGCUCMWGCCMGCCGAGAUAAACUACACUGCUGAUGAACGUGAGCUACGUAUCCGAGCAGUAUCAGAGUUCCAUGACCAGGCAGCCGCCGGUCAUAUGGGCUUCCAUAAGACGUUGGCUCGUGUAAGCCGCCUGUACGUCUGGCCGAAGCGCAAGGACUUUGUGAAGGACUACGUCACAGAGUGUCCCACCUGUCAGGAGGUGAACAAUGCGAACCACCUGCCUUAUGGUUUGUCCCAGCCUCUUCCUAUCCCUGAGGGUCGUUGGCAGCCCAUGUCGAUGGACUUUAUCGGUCAUUUUCGUCCUCCGACCCCUCGCGGUCAUGAUGCUAUCCUGAUCGUUGUCGACCGCUUCACGAAGCGUGCACGCUUUGUUCCGUGCCGCUAUGCCAUCUGGUCACGUGAGGUCGCCGACAUCGUGUUUGACCGAGUUGUGCGUGACCACGACUUACCUCUGAGCAUCAUAUCUGACCGUGACCCGCGCUUUACCAGCCGAUUCUGGCGACGGCUCCAGGAGGUGUACGACACUCAGCUCCGCGUCUCCUCGUCUUACCAUCCUCAGACUGAUGGUCAGAUCGAGAUCACGAACAGGACUCUCGGGGAUAUUCUCCGAAAGAUUGUUCGUGACGACCAGCAGUGGGAUCUCCAUCUUGCCCACACGGAGAUAGCCUACAACCAAGCUGUCUCGCCAGCCACCGGGAUGUCGCCUUACUAUUGCGACCUCGGCUAUCACCUUCGUGUUCCUGGGGACUUCCUUCGACCGUCCCAGCUGCACCCCGACACGAGUUCUUGGAGUGGCUCGGUCGAUACAGGUGCUUGGAGUGGCUCGGUGGGUAGGUGCUUGGAGUGGCACGGUGGGUACGUGCUUGGAGUGGCUCAUUGGCUGAUCUUGUCGGGAUACCAUUCUGCAAUUCCGCGGGGAUCUUGGCUCACCACGCUCAAUGCCGAGACGAGGGAGAGGAGUUCUGUCUCGGUGCAGGUGGAUUUCGCCACCGGGAUGGCUCUCGAUCCCGACAUGACCACUCUGUUCGUCGCUACGGGCGGGGUACCUCCUCUUCGGAUCUUGUCUUCUCCGAUUAACCUCGAUCACAACGGCGACAUUCCCAGCCAGGUACUCUCCACUCCCUCCCCUCUGUUCUGGUUCGAUCAGUUUCACGAGUGGGACGAUUCAUCCAUUUACUUUGGGCCUUAUAGUUUCCCACGCGAUGGCAGGUGCUUGCACUUCGUCGAUCGCAAGCCCGGCGGCAGCGUUUGGGCCCUCGACCGUUCGUCUAAUGUGGUCCAUCUUGUCGCUGGACGUGGAUUCACCCCCGCCUACUCGCCGCAAAUAACAAGUAGAAGUGAUAGCACCAGUGGAAACGGUAGCAGCAGUGGGAGUAAGAUAGUGAUCUCCAACGCUUUAAACGUAUCUUUCGGAGAGUUAAGCGACCUAGUCGUCACCGAGGAUGGACUGAACAUCGUCGUCUGCGAGAAAGACACAGGUUUUGUGAAGCGGAUAGAGCUCGACUCUCCAUGUGGAGUCGGGAUUAGAGUCACGAACGUCACGCGGUACACUAAACGCUAUGGAUAUGGCGUGGAUUCUUUGGCCAUGGGAGACUUCAACGGAGAGCUCGUCUUGCUGCUAGGCACAGAGGACGGGGAAGUGUUCCAGCUCACCAUCAACAGGUCAGCUCUGCAGCCUUAUGCGGCCCCACGUAGCGGCUCGUCACCCUACCCCAACGCUGCUCAUCCCGAUUCCUCCAUCUCGCCUAACCCUGCCAACGACACUUCCUCGCAAUCGCGGGGGGAAUCGUGGCGCAGAGGCGGAGAAGGGGGGAAGAACAUCGUGCUGGGUGUCGGUGUAUUCUUCGGUGUUUCUCUGCCGCUUCUGUUAAUCGGGAUAGUCGCUCUGCUAUGCCGUAGAGCACAGCAGUGCCGCCGAGGGCGAGAACGUUCUGUCCUAGUCCACGGCGUCGAAGUCUUUGAUUUGAAGACCUUAAGGGCAGCGACGAAGAGUUUCCACCCGUCUCGACAGAUUGGGAAGGGGGGGGGGGGCACCGUCUACUUCGGAUUACUGCGGGGUAAGAAUUCACCGGCAAGGCCGAUCGCUGUCAAGGUCAUGCGCGACGCACUGGCAAAAAUCACGGAAAAGCUCUUCUACGCAGAGUUGGAGACGCUCAGCCGGAUACAUCACGGCAAUGUGUGUGGAUUGAUUGGCUACUGUCAGCAUGGGAGUGAGUUGAUAUUGGUUUACCCGUACAUGGCGGGCGGGAGCUUGUACGAUCGACUCCAUGGACGGCAUGAACGUCUGGAAAGAGAAGUACCAGGAGGGGCAAUACCGAGAGAAGGGCCAAGGAGAGAAGCAGGGGAAGAGGGUACCGUAGUAGCAGCGCCGGACGAAGAGCCAGGAGCGCCACUAAUAGUGAGAGAAACAGGAGGAGGAACGGAAGGAGGAGGAGCACGCAGAGGAGGAGGAGGAGGAGGAGGCGCAAGACGAGAAGAGUCGGAUGCAAACGGGGGAAGAAGAGGAACUGAAGGGGGAGACCCUCCAGGGGGAGAAGGUACCGUAGCAGCGGCAGACGAAGAGCCAGGAGCGUCACUAAUAGUGAGAGAAACAGGACGAGGAAUGGAAGGAGAAGGAGGAGCACGCGGAGGAGGAGGAGGAGGAGGAGGAGGAGGGGCAAGACGAGAAGAGUCGGAUGCAAACAGGGGAAGAAGUGGAACUGAAGGGGGAGACCCUCCAGGUGGAGGCAACGCCGCAGGAGACGUGCCAUUCUUGUCCUUGUCCUUCUGUUGUGGCCCGCAGAAGCGGUCAAUURCCGCUCCCGAAGCGGAGUUGGUACACCUCACACGUCCCUCCGCUCCUCUUACCCUGGUCGAGCGUUUGGUGGUGGCGUUUCAGAUUGCCAAGGCUCUCCGCUACCUUCAUUUCGAAAUCGACCUCCGAGUUAUCCAUCGCGAUGUGAAGAGUGCAAAUGUCUUAUUGGGAGAAGGAGAAGGUACGCAGUUGAAGGCAUACCUAGCGGAUUUCGGUCUGGCCCAUGUGCUGGAGGACAUUCUACAAACAGCCGGCAAUACAUCCACAGGAAGGACGGGUUGGGGAACGCUUGGAUACAUUGCCCCCGAGUACGGCGAAGGGGGAAGUCCGAGGCCGACGAAUGACGUCUACUCUUUUGGAGUUCUGCUAUUGGAGCUCCUGACUGGCAAAAAGGCCGCAGUUAAAGACGAGGAACGUGGCGAAUACGUAACCCUAAUCAACGAGCAGAUUGACAACCUGCUCAAGGCGGACACCGUCGAUCUCGACAAGGUCUUCGAUCCUGCCAUUAAAGAGCAAAUCCAUGCUGAACCGAUGAAGACAACGGCGAGAGAGGUGUUCCUUCUUGUUGCUUAUUGUGUUUGCGAAGAGAAACGAGGUUGUGCGACCGACUCCAUGAAGCCGUGGAAGAUCGAUCAAGCGACGUACGAGGAUCGGGAUCGGGACGUCUAUCUGGCAGCAUUCCUCCUGAGCAAGGGUUCGAACUCCAAGCCCGAUAGACGUCCCGAUCCAAGACAGAGCGACGUUAUCCUUACCUUGCGGUGGGACCUGACAGCGCACCAGGCAAAAUCGUUUCUCACGGACUCGGCGAUUUUCGGGCGGCUUCAUCACGUGAACGUUUGCACCUUGUUGGGCUGCUGCCUACAAAAGAGCAAGUGCAUCUUCGUCAAUCCUUACGUAGCGAACAAUAGCUUGUACGACAGCCUCCAUCCCGCACUUGAAGAUCGAGAAAGAGAAAUACGAGGAGCAGGAGGCGGAGGAGGAGGAGGAACAGGAGCAGCAACAGCAGCAGCAGCAGGAGCAGCAGCAGUAGGAGGAGGAGGAGGAGGAGAAGCAGGAACAGGAGCAGCAACAUCAGCAGCAGCAGCAGCAGCAGGAGGAGGAGGAGGAGGAGGGGGAGGAGAAGCAGGAGAAGGAGAACGGGCAGGAAGAGCGGGAACAUGGGGCAAGCAAGAAAUGGCAAAGGAAGGAGGAGGAGGAGGAGGAGGAGGAGGAAGAGGGUUGUGGGGAGAGGGAGGUGGUACGGAGGACGGAAUAGAAGUAUCAGAGGCUACUGCUGCUACUGCUGCUACUGCUGCUACUGCUACUGCUGCUACUGCUGCUACUGCUACUGCUGCUACUGCUGCUACUGCUGCUACUGCUACUACUGCUGCUACUGCUCAAGAGCUGCUGCUGCUGCCAGUCAUGAGGCUCACUCGCAUUCGUCGACGAUUGGCGUGCUCGAGCAGCAGGGACGAGACUCGAUCUCAAUCGCACAGUGAAGCUGAGACUGAACCGCUUCAGACUGACUUUGAGGCUGAACUGCCUCAGACGGAGCAGCGUGUCACAAUCCGCUGGUUGAAAGAGUUCGAUUUGAGGACCUUAUCGACGGCGACGGGCAAUUUCGACCCAUCUAGCAAGAUCUACAGAUCGGGGGGAAGCGCCUUCGGCCACUGCUACUGGGGACUCCUUGCGGGCGAGGGUUCAAGUCCAAGGCCGGUCGCUGUGAAUGUCAUGAGCGGGGAACUGACAGCGAUAAAGGAGAGGCAAUUCCGCACCGAGGUAGCGAGUCUCAGCCGUCUCCAUCAUGCCAAUAUAUGUGGCUUGAUUGGAUACUGCCGGGAAGAGGGUAUGCGCAUGUUGGUCCAUCCUUACGCAACGGGAGGGACCUUGUACGCCAGACUCCAUUCACCGAUCGAAGAUCGAGCAAGCGAAACACCAGCACCUACCGGAGCAGGCGCCACAGACAACCCUCUCCCUCCUCCUCCUCCUCCUCCUCCUCCUCCUCCUCCUCCUCCUCCUCCUCCUCCUCUCACACUGGAGGAGCGUGUCGUGGUCGCCUUACAGAUCGCCAAAGCUCUUCGUUACCUUCAUCACGAGGCUGAUCCGCCGGUUAUCCAUCGGGAUGUAAAGAGCUCAAACGUGUUGUUGGGAGAGGGAGGUGGAACGACGCUGAAGGCAUUCUUAACGGACUUCGGUAUAGCUAUAGAGGUGGAGGGGUACUCGGACGUGCUCGACGACGUGAUGGCUGGAACGAUGGGGUACAUGGCUCCCGAAUACUUCACACAGUUUAAGCUGACAAGGAAGGAGGACGUGUACGGCUUUGGAGUUGUUUUAUUGGAAAUGCUCACUGGGCAAAAAGCGGUUGUUCUCGAUCCGAUAGAGUCCAGAAUGGUAACCCUGGUUGAGCAGCAGCGCAAAAACCUAGACGAGGUGUAUAACGUCGAUCUGAACCACGUCGUUGAUCCUUCUAUUAGAGGGGAAAUGGAUAAUCCUUCGAUGAGGGGAAUGGCGAGAGAUAUGUUACGGGUUGCAGCUGAUUGUGUAAAUCCAGACGAGAGGCUGAGGGCAGACAGCAACAUGACAGCUUACAGUAUAGAGAUGAUUCUGAAGGAGGCCGGAAUAACCCUAGAAGGCUAGGAGUGAGGGAAUAACCCUAUAGGAGGAUAUUAGGUGUCCGUUGGAUAAAUAGCUAAAUUAAUC